AGCACCAUGGAUCCAUCAUUAUUGACAGCUCCGCGGGUUUUUCAGAUCACAGAGCAUGUCCUCCCUUGCCAACAUAUCCGCGAGUACCCACGGGCGACGGCUACGAGCCAGGACGAAACGCUGCACCUUGCGGUCAAACAGUACAGACCGCGCGACAACUUGGACCCUCGACCGGGGGACAUUAGCAUCAUCGGGGCGGCUGCCAAUGGGUUUUCAAAGGAACUCUACGAGCCGCUCUGGGUCGAAUUGCACCGCGCGCUGGAACAAGCUGGCGUCGCCAUCCGCGGCAUCUGGAUCGCAGACGCGGCGAACCAGGGGGCCAGUUUUGCGCUCAACAAAGAGAAAAUCGGCGAUGACCCGUCCUGGUUCGACCACUCUCGCGAUCUUAUCCACCUGGUGAACAUCUUCAGGGAGCAGCUCCCACGCCCCAUUAUUGGCCUCGGCCACAGUAUGGGCGCUACCGAGCUCGUCCAGGUAUCACUGGCCCAUCCACGUCUCUUCCACAGCGUCAUCCUCAUCGAGCCCAUCCUCUUUUCGUCCUUCAACUUGGACGAUCCCUCUGUAAAGGCUGCAAAGUUCCCACCCGCUGUGCACGCGGCACGACGCAAGGAGACCUGGCCGUCUCGCGCAGUGGCUGCGGAGGAAUUCCAGCGCAGCCGGUUCUAUAAAACGUGGGAUCCGCGUGUGCUGGACCUGCACAUUCAACAUGGGCUGUGCGAGACGACCUCUGAAACCAACGAGGUCACACUGGCAACCCCCAAAGCCCAGGAAGUCUUCAAUUACCUCCGUCCGACGUUUGUUCCGCCGCCGCCGCCGCCGCCUCCUCCUGGCAGUGGUCCCUCGGAGUCCCCGCAGUUCGCAGACCCAAGUGCACUACGCGACAUGCCACAUGCCCUGGCGCAGCAGCAGUCGAGUCGCCGCUCUCUCUUCUACCGACCCGAGACGACCAUCACGUACACCAACCUGCCGCACCUCCGGCCCGCGACGCUCUUCGUCUUUGCAGCGCAGUCGAUGUUCGUCUCGAGCGCAUCCGACCGUGCCCGCCUCGUGGACCGCACCGGCUCAGGGGUCGGGGGCAGCGGCGGCGCCGCAGCCUCGCGCGUGCACACGGUCGUGGUCGAGAAGACUACACACCUUGCUCCGAUGGAACGCCCGGGCUCCGUCGCGCGGGAAUGUGCUGGCUUCAUCCUCUCAGAAGCCACACGCUGGGUAAGGGGCGAAGAAACCCUGCGCGGAGAAUGGCGCGGCAGAACAGGACACGAAAGAAGAGAACUCACCGCGGAAUUCGUGCGGUUGUUAGCCGUUGCCGAAGAGAAGAGUAAAUUAUAAAAUUU